AUGAGCGGCCCCUCAUCCCCUUUGUUGGAGGAUGUCCAUCGGUUUCCCUCUGAGUCACUGCAUUCCUUUUCGUUUGCUAAGCAAUCGGAGGAAUUGCUACACAGCAGACAGAACAUUUUACAAAAGUCCGUUGAUUUUGUGCGGGAUCGUUCUGCCUGGGCUGCUAACCCAGCACUUGCAGAUGCGCAAGCACGAGUCAGUGGAAAUGCUGAGUUACAGGGGAUGAUGGACCUCCUUAAGAAGGCAAACAUAAUCUCGCUCGAUACAGCCAUUAGCAAUUCCAGGAGUGUUGGGUCUGGACCUCUCACGGGUCCGGCCCACUAUGACGGGCGUAACGUCUUCGAAAAGAGCUUCAGCCAGGAGAUAGAACAAGCAGAGGAGGCUGCGGCGAGGACUCAUACUGAAGAUAUGAAUUCAGGGCGAAAGUUUUCACUGGAAGAGGAUGAUCCUUUCCAAGAACCAGGUCUUGAAAUGCGGAUACCGCCAUCCAGAGCAGAUUCUAUGGACGGCCCACGCCGCACCGGCUUGAGGAGGACCUAUACGGAUGUGAAUUCCAUCUCCUUGCAACAGAAACUGAUUGAGGCCCUCGCGCAGCCGUAUACAGACGAAAAUUCUCUUGCACAUUCCACUGUCAGUACUUCUUUGCAGAACGUUGGCAACAACCUGGCCGGCGCGAAAUCGUCUGCAGUCCACGGUCAUGGUAAUAAAUGGGAACCCGCGCAUCAGGCUGUCUUUCGCACCGACCCGGAUGCUCCAUGGACAAUCCUAGCGGCCAACGAUCUUGCUUGUCUGAUUUUCGGCGUCACCCGAGCAGAAGUGAGGUCACUGAGUAUACUUGCCAUCAUCCAAGAAGAAAGGAGACAUUGGCUCGAAAGAAGACUCGCGAGACCGGACGACGUUGUGGAGGAGAAGCCUCACACACAACCCUUGAGCGGCACUAGUAGCACAACAUCAAGCAGUGGCGUGUCGUUCGUUGGGUCAAGAAGUGGUAUUACAGCAAGGCUGCUUAGCAAACCACCCAGUAGGGCUAACAAUUCAUCAGAAAGAGCAAAGACGAAUCGCGGCUCUGGAGUUCCAACCCGGCCGAAACCAAAGAACCACCCGGCACAUAAAUCCAGGGGCGUCCUACUUUGUGGGGAUAUUGUGCCUAUACAAAAGCGGGACGGCACCAAAGGAGCGGCGAGCUUCUGGGUGAUGGAGAAGCGCGGUGGUUUAAUAUGGGUGAUCGAAGAGAUCACCGAGGACGUUGCAUAUCUCGAUUUUGACGAAGCGGGCAUUGUGAAAAGUGCGCACGGCGAAUUUGGUGCCAUUUGGGGUCGAACUGUCCUUGAUGGUCUCCCUCUCACGACUCUUCUUCCAAAAUUCCCUCCCGAUGCGCUCCACUUCCAUCAACUAGGAUACUUCACAGCCCAAACGGCGGAGUAUGUCAGCGUUCCGACCACGGUGGAAAAGUCUCCUACCGAGAAUCAGCUCCGAGUCUCGAGUCUACCUCACAUUGCUGGAGUCAUGAUGUUGGAACCCAACACGCUGAAGAUCAGCAGUGCCAACAGCAUCUUUGCUGCCUCACUCUUCGGAUAUGAGAAGGCUGAUGGCCUACCAAUUUCCGACUUGAUACCCAGUUUUGGGGACAUGCUAAAGAUUUUGACUCGUGAGGAUGGAGUUGAACUGGUGGACGGGAUCGUUGUGCCCGAGCAUAGCUUUCGCCGUGCACGUGCUCUGCUUGCACUCCGUGAAGGCAACGAGAGUGCCUCCAGCAUCUUUCUACGACCGUGCGGUCUUCCAGCCAGGCAUAGAGAUGGUUCGGAUAUCAUGGUGGAUGUCCAGAUGAGGGUGGUCCGCAGCGAGACCGUAUAUCCCAUGUCAGAUGAGGCCGUCAUCGAAGAGAAGGACGAAACGAAUUGCGAGUCAAGUGUUGCCGUGACUGAACUCGUGUAUGCAGUCUGGAUUAUCUAUUCCCGCAACAUUCACUCGAGUGGUUUUCUUACCACUGCGGAUCUGGAAGAUCAGGCACCUUCACGUUCUCUUUCACCGCCGUCUCAACCUGAUCCGCCACCGGUGUUACCCUCACCACCCCCAUCCUCAGAUGUUUCCAGGAGAUCUGCUGAAAGCUCAGAACUAUCGCUCCAGACCGACUUCGCCGAGGACAUUGGCUCUAUUGCCAUGGAAGAACCAAUAGAUCAUCCGCCUCCCCACACGCCCUACCUACCCCAUGAAAAGAAGACCAUUAGCGACUUCACGGUUCUCGAAGAGAUGGGGUCUGGUGCGUACGGUCAGGUCAAGUUAGUCCGGUACAAGAAAGCUCCGGCGCACAAAAUGGUAGUGAAAUAUGUGACGAAGAAGCGAAUCCUUGUCGACACUUGGACGCGGGACCGCCGGCUGGGGACAGUGCCACUGGAGAUACAUGUACUCGACUACCUUCGCCGAGAUGGGCUCCGUCACCCCAAUAUUGUGGAGAUGAUCGACUUCUUCGAGGACGAUGUGAACUACUACAUCGAGAUGCUUCCACACGGGAUUCCGGGCAUGGACCUGUUUGACUAUAUCGAGCUAAGGACACACAUGACCGAAGCGGAAAGUCGCAACAUCUUCCGUCAGGUCGCCGACGCCAUUCACCAUCUCCACACCAAAGCACUCGUAGUUCAUCGGGAUAUCAAAGACGAAAAUGUCGUAUUAGAUGGAGAAGGGCGAAUCAAACUGAUCGACUUUGGCAGUGCAGCAUACAUCAAGAAUGGACCAUUCGAAGUGUUUGUAGGCACAAUAGACUAUGCGGCCCCUGAGGUCCUGCAAGGUAAGCCUUACGGCGGGAAGGAGCAAGACGUAUGGGCGUUGGGUAUUCUGUUGUACACGAUUGCGUACAAAGAAAAUCCAUUUUAUGAUUUAGAUGAGAUUCUCGACCACGCCUUGCGGGUUCCCUUUUUACCUUACUCGGAAGAGUGCCUAGAGCUCAUUCGCAAGAUGCUAGACCGAGACGUGGAAAGGCGGAUCACCAUCGAAGAAGUGCGAGACCAUGCUUGGCUUCAAGAGGACUUUUGA